UCAGGAUUGGCUGGGACCCCUCUCGCACGCUUUCGACUGCGAGGAUCACGUGGCUUUCCCGCAUCUCUAAGUAAAGGAAACCCACCGACGAAAACACGGGGGAGAAGAAUGCGAGUAUGAUAUCUCGCCGACUACGACAGUGGGUGACGUUACUUCUACUCACCGCGGCAACAACCGGAGAAACCAGACAUCCUCCGUGGUUGCGAACGAUCGGGAAUGACUUUGUAUGCACCCGAGUCCUUCCAGACGGUGAAGUAGAGAGACGAAUUCAAAAGGGACGAAUCUCAGCCAUAGAGACCACGGUAGAGCUUCCUCCUGAAUCAACAGACUCCCCAUACUUCUCGACGUCAAGUCAAGCACGGGAGUACCAAAUCUUGACCUUGCUGCAGGUCACAGAUGGUCGGCAUUUUAUUCAACUGAUAUACGAUUCAGGCUGGGAACUGAGGGAUUGUGAAUACCUCAAGUCAGCAAAGUCGGUGGACGAAUUCUUUGAAGCUUUUGCUGCAGACAUCAACUGUCCUCAACAGAAACAAUUUCUGAAUGAGACCCGAUCCCCCACGAAUGAUGAAGGAAACCUCGACAUUGUAAAACCAGAUGUCACAGACUACGGUGCACUACGCAGGGAAUGUCGAAACCUGCACAAGAAAGUCCGCGAAAUGACCCUACACAGUAAUCACCAUGGGCUACAACGCUUGAAGAGGGAUCUUUUCUUGUAUCCUGGCACCAACUGGUGUGGAUCUGGAAGCAAUGCGAGGAAAUUCAACGAGCUGGGUUACAACGCAGCCGCGGAUCGUUGUUGCAGAGAUCACGACCAUUGCCCCUACACCAUUGAAGGGUUUACGAGUCAAUUCAACUUCUUCAACUUCAGGUUUCACACGAUCAGUCAUUGUGAUUGUGACGAAAGAUUUCGAGCUUGCCUGAAACUCUCUGGCACUGCAGCAGGCAAUAUGGUGGGGAAGUUGUUUUUUAACGUGGUACAGACGAAGUGCUUCCUCUUCAAACAUGUCAAGAAAUGCACCAAGAGAUCUUGGUGGGGUAAAUGCCUCAAAUACGAGAAAGACAAGACAGCUUUCCUGAGAGAUGCUCUCAAGUACUGAAUUAUGUAUUAUAACUUUGUCCAGUCAAUUGUACAGGUUGCUCCAGCCAAGUGACGAGAUUUACCUUUUAUAAGUAGACGACUUCGUCAGUAUUUGAUGUAUUAGGAUUUAUCACCUUUUAGAUCCUAAAUGGAAUAUUUAAAUAAUAUCACAAAAAUUGCACAUUGAAUAUAAAAUAGUUAACUUUUUCUAUAGAGACUUAAAUAAACUGAAACUGAAUGCUAACGUAAAGAACUAUAGAAAUCCAGGAUUUAAGAAUGUUCUUUUCCAGAUAGUAGAAAUAUCGUCUGUAUUACAUAACCUCUUCACAGCCAAUUCACCAGACAUCCUAACAAAAGUAUCAAGAUUUUAAUGGCUUUUAUAGACAGUAGCUUUUACUAUGUAAUAAUAACAAACACAUCUACUUGCUAAAACAUGCAUAGUGUUUUAGUUAUUCUUUACAUAUUUCAUGCUUAUUUAAAUGGUUAAGAAAUAAGAUUUCAACAAUUGCUUCUAAAAUAUGAGGAAUCAUGUUUUAUUGAAAACACCUCUAUCAAAUAUGAUAAUAGGAAAAAAAGGGCUACAAACAAUGAAAUAAGCAAAGCAGUUUUUAUUCUCCCAUCUACAGCAAGCUCACAUACCUUAAUAGAAAAUAAUAUUGAAGAUCACUGAAUACAUGCAAUUUUACUACUGAAAUAAUAUCUAAUUAUUUGUCGUUUGCCAUUUUAAAUGUUUUAAAACCUUUUCAGUAAUUUUUUUGAAAACUUAUACCACAUAAAAAUCAAAAUUAACAUUACUCUGAAAGAGCAUUUGAUCCUUUUAAUACCAUGGUUUAAAUAUUUAUAGUUUGAAUAUUAAUAAAAUUUUAUUAGCAAAAAUAAAUAAAUAAAUCUGUCCACGGACAGGAAACUUUAUGUCUUUUACAGUGCUUUAUUCGGUUUCUAAUUAAUAUUUUUAAUUGGCUUAAAAUUUAUAUAACAAAAUUCAUUUGAGUACUUCUUAGGAAACAAACAUCAAAUCUGAAACAAAAUUUCCACUUUGAAGAAUAAGUAACACCUUCAUUUUAUUUAUGUUCCUACUUGUACAUUUUUUUCCUCAACUAUAAAUAAAAGUAGCUAUUAUGUGUUCAAAAGACUUUCUUUGAUGCUGGAGCAAUCUUUAAACAGUUGACAUCAGAGAUUCUUUGACUCUGAAUUAGUGACAUUGAGGCGCACAUUAUGCCAUAGUUUUCUACGUGUAUUUUGCCAACUUAGCUCAUCAAUCACUAUCAAUAUGUAGAUUACAUAUGUUGAUCCCAAGUAACGUAUCAUUUACAUGAAAAUGCAUAUUUUAUUUAGAAUAUAAACUAUAAGUAAUUAGUGGACAGAAAAAAAAAAAGAUAAAAUUUAAAUGUUUCAAUUCAGUAACUUUUUACCUUAGAAUCUAGUAAGAAGUACUUUAACAACCAGCACUUUACGUAUUGUCUCAGUAAUUUUAUUUUAUUGAUAUUUCUGUCAUGUUAUUGUUAUCUUUCCUUGUAAGACAGUUAAAAAAAUUGAUGAAUUUUACGCAAACUCAAACGAAGUAAAAUGUAAAUAUUUUGGAAUCGAUAAUUCUCCACUUUAUGUAAGCUUGAUAAGUGAUGCUAAAACGAUAUUGCUUCGUCACUUAAACUUUAAAACAGGCAUCUUCUCUGUAAUGUUUCAGACCAUAGAAAUCAAAUUUUAAGUGUGAUGAUAACUUUAAAACCUCUUAUUUUUAAAGUUCCAUAAAGUAAACACUGAAACUGUGGUGCAAAAAUAAGGAUUCUGCAAUUACUUCAUCACGAAGCUCAUGUAAAAAAUUUUGAGAACCGGAGGAAAAUAUUUACAGGGAAAAGCUGUGACACAUUUCCUAAAGCUAUCGACCUCUACAAUGUAUGCCACGUCAUUCCCUGACAGUGUUUAUGAAUAUGCCCUUCAUGCAUUAUUACGAUAAUUUCCAAUGUCUGUCUUGCGAUUCGAAGAACAUAUAAUUUCCAUGUAAAUAUAUCCCAAGAAUGAAAAGGAACACUCUUCCUUUCCUUUUUGAAAAAUUAAUCUUUCCGACAUGAUUAUAAGGUGUUCUGAUUCAAAAUUUCGUGGAAGAUUCUUAGACAGUUCUGUUCCGUUAUGAUUUUUCUACUUUUUAUUUAAUGCUUUAAUAACUGAACAUUUUAUUUCCAUUUGGAAAUAGAAUGUUCGUUUAUUAAAAAUUGGAUUAUUUAUAAAAGCAAAGAACAAGCGGAUCUUAAAAUGCAAAAAGUCAAAAUUCCUUUUUUUUUUUUUUUUUUUUCUAUAAUCGAACAUGUAUUCCAUUGCUAUUCUUUUAAUUUCAUCCGAAGUUGUUAAGUUAAUUGAAAUUUACGUCUAUCUGUUUAUAGCGUUUCAAUUUUAAGUCUUUAAUUAUUUCAGCUAAUUUACAGCAUUUGACUUUCAAAUCUUAAAUCAACAUAUACUUUUUUAGUUAAAACUUGCUGCUACAUCUUCCUGCUUUUUAGAAUUUUUUGGAGAAUAAAAUCUAAUUUCAAAUACUACAAAUUUUUAUAAAGUCAGCAAAUUUUUCAAAAUUGAAAAAUAAUGCAAAAUAAGCGCUUUUCGCUAUUAUUAAUUCUCAAUAAUAAUGGAAAGAAUUGCUUUAAUAUAAAUGUAGGAGACUAAUGGGGCGUAUUAAAAAUAAAAGAUAUUCAACAGAAUGCAAGAAUCAACAAUAAUUUAUUUGAAUUAAAAAGUGACAAAGUAAUUAAAAUAUGUAAAGGUAACAGAACCUUGUUUGUUGAUUUUUCGGCUUUUGCGAUUCUUUUUUCGAAUAUCUGAUCUAUAAUAAGAUUUAAAUUUUCAUUAAGCAUCAUUAUGGAAAAUGAUGCAAAGAAUUAACUUCUAAUUUGUCUGAAAUAAUAGAGAAAGGCACGAAAAAAAUAAUAAAUUCCUCUCAAUCUCAAAAUAUUUUUAAUAGGCUUCAUCAUAUUCAUGUAAUUUUUAAUCUUCAAUAAAAUCGAAGAUAAGUAUAACAAAAGUAUUUAACAGAUUCUUUUUUAUCCUCUCAAGAAUCAAAAUAUAUUCGAAUAACUUUACAAUCA